AUGCCUUUCUCUCGCUCCUCAGCCCUGAUUGCAAUCACAUACCUGGCACUCAGCGCGACAGCGUUACCACGACCGAACCCUGUACCAACAUACCAGGUCGUAGAUGUUGGCGGCCCUUCGAGUGAAUCCGCCGCAGCGACCGUCUAUUCCACAGUUGUUGAAUCAUCAACGCCAUCCACGAUUAUCCAACCGGCCAUCACUGUCACAGCAACGCCGAGCGCGCAAGCAGCCCCAACGCAGUCCAUCACGACCACGCAAAGCUGGACCGUUACGAUUGGGAACGCCGAGCAGCCUGCAUACUCACAUUCGGCUGGCUCUCCGCCACUGCCGACCCUCGACUCGGCAGCAACACCUGCCACGACCACAGCGACGCAAACGUCGACAGUGUACAAUACCUUGCCAGUGGCCCCGUAUGCUGCUGCAGUUACGUCGUCCACGACCUCGUCUUCACUCAAGAGCGCGUUUACUUCGGUUUCUCAGUGGAAUCAGACUGUGACUGAGGUCCAUGGCCCUAUCAGUGCAGGAACGGGCUUGAUGUACGCUGCCAUCCCGACUGGUUCGACUCUUGCAAAGCGCUGGUAUGGCGCAACGGGUACUGGAGCUUACCUCGCUGGGCGAGCUGCGCCGUCAGGUACCGGAGCGUAUCUUGCUGGCCGUGCUGCACCAACUGGGUACACCGGUUACGCUGCGGAGGGCUGGAACGCAACAAACUACUAUUGA